AUGCCUCCCCACGUCCCCGAAGCCGAAGUCUUCCCUGUAUUGAACGGCAAGGUGGCACUCAUUACCGGUGGCGCGCAAGGUAUGGGUAAAGCUACUGCCGAGGUCUUCCUUAAAGCCGGUGCCAAGGUUGUCAUCUGUGACGUACAAGCAGAAAAGGGUGACGAGGCGGCCAAGGAGCUCUCUACGUUGGGAGAGGUCUACUUCACCAAAGCAGAUAUUUCGUCUUCAGAGGAUGUUGCCGCUCUUAUCAAGUUUGCAGUCGACAAGUUUGGUCGCUUAGACUGUGCUGUGAACAACGCGGCUCUUACACCCGAUAAAACUCCCUUGGUUGACUUUGACGAGACAUACUGGGACAAGCUCAUCGGUAUCAAUCUGACGGGCACUGCUCUCUGUGUCAAGCAUCAAAUGAAGCAGUUCAUCGCUCAAGGUGGAGGUGGAGCGAUCGUCAACAUUGCCAGCAUCAAUGCUUUCAAGCCGCAACCAAACAUGCCGGCAUAUACAGCCGCUAAGCAUGCUCUCGUCGGGUUGACCAAACAUGCCAGCAUGGAAGGCGGACCCCAUGGCAUCCGAGUGAAUGCUGUUGCCCCAGGUGCCAUUUUUACUGUUAUGGCCGAAAAGGCGUUGGAAAUCAUGGGUACGACCCACGACGAGUUCGCACCUCAGGUCAGCUAUCUGGAACGUUUUGGUAUGCCCCACGAGGUAGCUCAGGGAUCCCUGUGGUUGUGCUCACCGGCGUCGUCGUAUGUGACGGGUAUUACACUGCCGAUCGACGGCGGCUUUACAGCCAAAUAA